AAUUGUUGUGAUAAACUUAUUAAAUAGAUGGGUGAUGCCUUUUCUCCGUGCAUCAUAGCGCAGUAAAAUAAUAGAAGAUCAUCAAUCAAACUUUGCAAGAAAUGGCAGCCAAAAAUUCAGCGAGCAGCAAUGAGACUAGUAACGACAAAGCGUUGGCAACUCCGGGACCGACAGGUGCUGGAGGAGGAAGAGAAGGAGUGCUAGUAGAUACCAACAUGAACAACACAACAGCUGCAGGAGGCAGUAGUCUUCAGACCAAUCAGACAGGAACAUCAGCGGGUGGAUCCAGUGGUAUGGCUCAUACGAAGACAACCACAGUGACCAUCUCUCCAUAUAUGGAUUUCAGACCAGACACUUCAACAGACGAUUACUACAAGGAUACCAGAGAAAAAGCUCUGGAGAGCUAUGACCAAUUGAGAAUGUCCCUCGACAGUUCAGGAGGCCUGGCCUCUAAAGUAGCAAAGUCGAAUAGAAAUACCCAUGCAGUAACGUCAGCAGCUGAGCAAAAAUCAGGGGGAGCUGGUGGAGGCGGUUACCGUGGGGCGAGUGAGAACUUGAGAAAGAUGCUGAAGUCUCACGGGGUCACUGUUUCUUCUGUUGAUGAUAUGUUGUCGGAUCAGCAGCCUACGCAGUCCGAGUCCGCCAUGCGUGCACAUGCCAUGUUCACAUCCACGCCCGCCAACCUGGCAGAAUUAGAUCAGAGGCUGAAGGAUAGAGAGGAAAAAGGAGAAGUAGUCACUAAGGAGUACCUGGGGAGAAUUUUGGACCAGAUGAAUGGAGAUAUCAAAAGAUUACAGGAUGAGAACACCGCCCUCAAGAGUGAGAAGUGGUUAUCACAACAUGCAAGGGAUGUCUAUGAUGGAAAUGCAUCAGCAGCAGCACCAUCAUCUGGCACCUCAGAGACAAGGGGAAGAUCAUCAGUGAGACAACAACCACCUCCGCCACAACAUCAAAAUGCAUUCAGACCAAUGAGGUCCCACAGUCCUGCAAAUGCUGCUGCUAUGACUGAGCGACAACGUAGGUCUCAAUCGGCGGAAGGCAUGUUGAGUCAACAGGGAAUGAGGGCGCCUCUCCCUCGCAACAGGCCACCAGUAGCUGCUUUGAAUGUGUCCCAUAUGAGUGACCAGGAGGUUAUACGCCAGUCCAUGGACAGGGGACUCCUGGACAACGUGGACAACAAAACUGUGCAAAGACUCCAGAUGGAAAUUAACGCCGUAAAAGCAAUGUAUGAUGCCAAAAUGACCCGAUAUGAGGAUCACAUCGAAUACCUGAAACAACAAAUGCAAUUAAAUCAAGUUUCCAACAACGCAACUAUGGGUACAGGGGCUAUGAGGGUAGCUGGCAAGAGCAGAAGUGACCAAGAUGACGGGUUUGUCCAGGAUGCGGGGCUUUGUAUCAAGUGUGCUAAACAUGAGGCUGUCAUCUCAACUACCCAUGGAGGGAUCUACAUGGAGAAAAUUGAUCAAUUGUCCAAGGAGGUGGCGGCUCUGCGGGAUAAGAACGACCAUCUGAAGGGGCACUGUUCUGCACUUCAGCAGAGGGAGACAGACAGCUACAGUCAAGUGAAGCACUCUGUACAAUUAGUAGAGCAGGCUCAGUUGGAGAGGACGCAGGCAGUGCUGGAGUGUCAGCAGAUGAAGGAGGAGUUGAGCAGAUGUGAGAGGAAACUGCAGGAUGCCCACUUGGAUGCCAGACAGAGGGCCAAUGCGGAGAGGGAGAGUGUGCGGGCCGAAGUGAGACGGGAGAUCGACACUCUCAACAACAAGAUUGCGACGUUGAUAGACGAUGAGGCGUCGGUGAAGGUGGCGCUGGAGAAGGCGGAGAGGGAGAAAAAUGAGAUGAGGAAGCAACUUGAGAAGGCCAAAAGAGAUGUAGAAGACAGCUAUUUCAAUGUCAACAAGGUUUCGGAGAGUGUGAAGUCCGAGAUUGCAGCUGCAAUAGUGGAGAGAGAUGAUGCCAAGCAGGAACUGGAGAACACGAAGCGGCAGUUUAGACAACAGUCAAGAGAAGCACAACAGGAAAUGAAUCUUCUGCGAAGUGAGAUCGAUGAGCUGAGACGGAGAUUGUCAGUUUGCGAGAAAAGUGAGAAAGAUGGCAAAGAACAGUUGUUCACGCUGACCGAGUAUGUGGGGAAACUCGAAAAGGAGGCGUUCCAGUCUAAGCGGGCGAGAGAGCAAUCGGACACCCACUUCCAGGGUCUCCUACAGAAGGCCAAAGACAGAGAAGAAUCCAUGCGACAGACCAUGAGUCAACAGAAGAACAAGUUCGACUUAGUGGGCAAGGAUAUGGAUGACCUCAUGGCUUCUCAGAAUGUGUUGAUUGGGAAGUUAAAAACAGAGUGCAAACAUCUGCUGGACCAGCUGCAGACACUCUCUUUCAAGUACCAAAGUGACGUUGAGAAUUUGGAGAGUGCGAAUGUGGAGUUGGUGUCUAGUCUGAAGAAGAGACAGAAGCAGGUGAAGCACUUCGAGAGGGAGGCAGUCAAACAUGGCAGAAUGCACCAUAGGAUGAAGACACAGCUGAACAAAAUGGCCACAGCGUCUUCUCACGCACAGAACGAGGUUGCACAUUUGGCAGUGAAGCACAAUAAUCUUUUACGAGAACGAGAUGUCAUGGCCCAAGAGCUGACCUUCUUCAAGUCGGAAACCCUGGGGAUGGUGAACCCGGAACUGCAGUCGCAUCUGGCAGCUUUGAAGCAACAUCAUUACUCGCCCUCUCACGAACUGCUGAUGGAAUACCCCGAAUUGUUUCAGACACAAAACCCAGUAGAGAGCAAACUCAUUGGCAAAUACACUGAAGAAAUGUUGGCAGAAACAGAAAGGCAAAUUGCGGAAAAUGUGUUCACGACUCACAAUGAAGAAAAAUCUCAAACUUAGCUUAAAUCCUAAAUUUUAUUUACAUCAAGCUGGAAGCUAUUGUAUAGUGUAAAUUUGUACAGUAUUUCACAUGUGUCUUGUAUAUUUGAAUUAAGUAACCUCCUUCGAUUU